UUCUCAGUUCGGUUUCAGUCGUUCUUUAGCAAUCGCGUUGAGCGGUAGACGGUGCGCUGGUGAACCAAAAGCGCAACACGGUAGAAAGUAGCUAACCGCUAAAGCAAGCAAAUGAACAAGAGGAAGAAAACGUUGUGUGUUUGUAACUGAGUGACAGAAAACGAAGAAGAAUAAGAGAACGCAACAAAAGUGCCGAUGUUUCCACAACUCCAAAUAUCAACACUCCACACUAAUGUUACUAUGCUGAAUCUCUAACUUCAUGCGCUGCUCUUUUCAGUCCGUAGAUAAUCUUCCCAGUCCUAAAACAAAUUCUUUAAUUUCCGGUCGCACGUUCGCCACUCGUCUCGAGGCGGUUUGAAGUGGACGCUGUAACAAACGCGUACAUAGUCGGUGCGCGUGUGUGUUUUGUUUAUCCGCGUCGCGUCGUGCCGCUCCCGCAAGCCUGCCUAUUCAGCGGUUUCACUUAGUGACGUGUAUUCUUCGCAACGCUGUUGCUGUCAGUGUCAGCAUUGGUAAACCUUUGUGUACGCGUUGUGUUUUCAAAAUCCUAUUACAAAAACAAACAAUCAACGGCUUAACGCAAAAUAAUAAAAAAGUGAGAAUAAAAAGUAACAGCGAACGCUGGACGCGGAUCCAACCUUGGUAUCCUUAAGUCAUACAAAUUGCAAUUAAACGGAGCAAAAAAUUUAAUCCUCUUAAAGUGUUUAUGCUCAAGUUAAAGUAUUAUUGUAAAAAGUACAGAUAAGUGUAUAUUCGUAGUCAUUACGUAAAACGCAUACGAAAAGCGCUGCGCUGUAAUCAGAAUCCGCGUUGCCGAACAAGUGCUUUGUAACUAUACCUGUCCGAAAGUGUAGCCAACAAAGCGCGCUGCUAUCACGCGAGCAUAUUAAGCAGUUGUCAAGCGCGCACACCAUUACUAACACAAAAACUGCACAACAACAACGACAGUAUACUACAAACCAAUCUCACUAACUAUUUUCUAACUAACGACGCGCAGGAAUCCGCGUAAAGCGCGCGCCUUCAUUAGCAACGCGCGACCGUGUUACGCGUAAGCAAAGUGGCGGAGGCGUCGCUGCUCACGCCUCAUUAAAGUGUCAUAAAAAGUUUCUGUUGUCAUACUGUUACUGUGGUUUUAACCACAACAAUAACAAAAGUGAUAACAAAUGCGCGAAGCAAGAAAAACGAAAAGUUGACGCCGCGCGCUAACAAUAGUAGAUUAUUAAAAGGAUUAGAAGAGUGCUGAAAGUCUGCGCGCACAAUGCUUUGGUCGCGCGGCAUGCAAAAUGACACUAACAAGCAGCGGAUGCCUUUGUUUCUACCAACUACGUUGAAAUUGUACAAUUGUGAGUGUGCGUGUUGAUGGCGUCGCGCUAGAACAGGCGUCGGUCGCAACGCAAAGGAGCGUCGCUAAGGCUAGUUGAAAUAUUAUCCUGUGCUAAAAUGCUAAAAGUGCAAAAUCACCGGGAUAAGUGUGCUUAAGCGACAGCAACAUUAUAAUAACAACAACAACAAAAAAGGUGUCGCACAAAUAAAGGUGAAAGGGUAGAUAGUGACAGCGGAAAAGGGCCAAAUUCAAGAACCCAAACAACCGAAGGGCAUGUCAAGUACAUAUGUGAAAACCGAAACCAUAACGGUAUAUGUCGGUAUGUAAAUGUACGUCGCCUAAAAAAUACAUAAAAAAGAAUAACGAAAAACUGUCAAAAACGAAAGCUGACAAGAAAAGUGUAGGAAAAUCACAGCUAAAACACUAAGGACACAUAUUAAAAAACAGAAUCAGAAAACCGAAAAAGGGCGUUAUAAAAAAUUUAAACCGUUUAAGUUUGAAAGACAUGUCGCAAUAGCAACAACAACAAAUACGAGCUUUAUGCUUUCGCAUGUUUAUCUGAUGACAUAGAAAUGGCAGCUGACGACUGUUGCUUGGCCGAUGUGACGACAACCAAACAACUACAAAAACACUAGCAAAGAAAACACAAACUGUUGUACCUACAGAAACCACUUACAAUCGCUCCUCCUAUCCCAGUGUCUGCUGCGCGGCAGCUUGUCAACGUAACACAGCUGCGAUUGCAACAACAUCAAAACCAACAACAACUAGCAACAUCAGUAACUGCAAUAAACAGCAAACCAGAACACAUUGAGCCGCAUUAAACCGCACGACGACCGACGCCGUCCACACCACAGACACUGCCACAGGCGUUGCAUACGUUAGGAACACAGACAGCAACACGAACGCAGACAAGUGUGCGGCUGGCGGCAUUGCAAUCACAGCUCGAUACGGUUGUUGAUUGUGUGGCGCUUUUGAUGAAAGUGAUGGUCAACGACCAACAAGCAGCUCAGCCAGAAAACAACAACAGCAACAACAAUAACAGCUAGACGUGCACAGCAGCGAAUAGCAGCGACGGUAGAUGAAAGCAGAAAAAAAAUAAACACGAAAUUAAAAGUGCGAAAGAAUCAAAUCACAGUCCUUAGGCAGUACGAGGCGAAUUGAAAUUGCCAUCGACUGUGCGACAGUCAGUGUGUUUGUUGGUGCAAACGCUGUUGCUGACACUGUUAUUGCUGGCUUCUUUUUUCUUUGCGUACAGUCGCUGAACUCAGUUGUCCUUCGUAGCCGCCAUCUUCUUGUGUGUGUGCUGCUGCGCCGAAAAGCGUACAACAAGCAGCGCGCUCUCCAACGCCUACAACAGCAGCGACAACUGGCACCGCACCACUGGAUAAUAGCCAGCAAAACGAGUCGACAAAAACGGCAUUGAAAAAACGCGAAAAGCAAACAAAACAACGCAAAUAACCAACCGUUGGCGUUUUCUACUUUUUCGCAAUUCUCUUCAAUUUUUAUUGGCUCACUCUCUUUCGACGCUUUUAAAUUGACUUUGGCACAGCAUUCGCACACACCCAGAGCAUACGUUUACGGAAUCUCCUCUACAUCCACUUCAGCCAGCCUUCUCCAGCCGUUGUCCGCUUUAAUUGAGUUGACUACUCGUACGAAGCACAAAGCACAGCAGCGCCCUCCCACGCCAGCAGCCAGCAGUCAAUCGGAGUAUCAUAGAGAUGGCGUCAAAGUUUUGGUUGAAUGUUUGGUGUGCGCUGGUCGGCUGGUUUCCGCUGCUUGCGAACGGUUACCUGAAUGUCUUCAUUAGCCAUCGCGAAGUCAUCAAAUUGAUGGGCUUGGAGGCGGACUUGUUCUAUGUGCAUGAGGGCGCCAUCAACACAUACGCCAUGCAUUUCACGGUUCCGGUGCCAGCAGAUGUACAUGAUUUAGAGUUUUCAUGGCAGAGUUUGACCACGUAUCCGCUGCCCUACACCAUUACCAUCGACUAUGAGCACGAGCAGAGCGCUUUGGCCGCGCCCACCCUCAGCAUACCCGACAAAGGCUAUGUGCCGCAGCAGAUUGAGACAUUUCUGGUGCAUCUGCCGUGCACGGGGAACGGUAAUAAGGAGGUGCCGCUUGUCGUCAAUAUGCUUGUGAGCGGCCCGCCGCGCACUAAUGACACCAAAUUGCAUUUUAAACGGAAUAAAAUCUGUCUCAAAGGUUUAUUUCCCGUUCCGAAUCAAUCAGCGGCACCCGCUCAGGCGCCGUCACCGGGUCACGCGUUGCUGGGUGCCGCCGCUUGUGCGCUCGGCUUGGUGCUGGUCGUCGGCUUGAUUGCGUCAGCCAUGUAUGUGCGCGCACGCAAGCAAAUACGCCAGGACUCGUUGCAUACCAGCUUUACUACUGCCGCUUAUGGCAGCCAUCAAAACGUUUUCAUACGCCUAGAUCCGUUGGGGCGUCCGCCCAGCGCGAACAGUGGUUCCUAUGCGACUAUCGCUAGCCUGAAUAAGUACCCAUCGGAGUCGAAGAAGUCUUGCAACAUUUUUGACAGAUUUCGCAGCUCGACGCCGACACCCUCACCCUACGCGACCGCGCUACUGCCCGUAGGCGGCGAUCAGAUCGGAGAUACAAUUUACUCCAAACCAGAGUCGAUCUGUCCCUCGAGAAUAUCCUAUUACGCGUCGUCGCAGCUAACACAGGUCUACAGCAUGUCCACACCGAAGAGCAGUCGUGGCGGCGGCAACGGCAGCAUUUUCGGUGGCGCCAGCUCCUCUGCCGGCAGUGGCAGUGAUCCCAAAGAGAAGCUCCGUCGCAUACCCAAUGUACAGCCGGGCACUCUGAUGUGCCAGCAUCUCAUAAAAGAGGGCACCUAUGGUCGCAUCUACGCGGGUAAUCUCGGCGACUCUUGCGAUGUUAUCAUCAAAACUGUCGUGGAUGGCGCUUCGCUAACGCAGGUGGCCUGCCUGCUGCAAGAGGCCUCGACGCUAAUCGGUGUGUGUCAUCCGAACAUAUUGACGCCUUUGCUGGCGAACACCGAGCUACCGGGUCCACCCGAGAUCGCCUAUCCCUAUCCGUCCAAAGGCAAUCUGAAGAUCUUCUUACAAAAGUCGCGUGAGCUCAACUCGCCGCUUAGCACCCGUCAACUGGUCGAGUUCGGUUUGCAUGUGACCAAAGGCCUGGCGCAUCUACACUCGUUGGGCAUAAUACAUCGUGAUGUUGCCACCCGCAAUUGCUAUCUCGAUAUGGAUUCCUAUGUGAAAAUUUGUGAUAGCGCUCUGUCGCGUGAUCUCUUUCCCGACGACUACCAUUGCCUCGGUGACAACGAGAACCGUCCGCUUAAAUGGAUGGCUUUGGAAUCUUUGCAUAAAAAGUACUUCAACACUUAUACCGAUAUUUGGACAUUGGGUGUUCUCUUCUGGGAGUUGGCCACUUUGGCGCUCACGCCUUUCGAAGAGGUGGAUAUUUUCGAAUUGAGCGCCUACCUCUCAGAUGGCUUUCGCUUGGGUCAGCCGAUCAACUGCCCCGAUGAAUUCUUCACCGUGAUGUCCUGUUGCUGGCUGGAAGAUCCCAAGCAGAGACCUUCUUUUCCGCAACUGCUCGCUUACUUACAAGACUUUCACGAAGAUCUGGGCAAGUAUAUAUAAAUCCAUGCAAAGAUCAUGAACCUGAUGAAGAGGGUGCGAGGAACCCAGGACAAUGCCCUCGGCGCGUUUCAGAUGUGUAAAUAAAUUGAAAAACCAGCUAAUAAACCUAUGAAAUAGAAAAAUCUAUCAAAUUAAUUGGACAUUUUACAGACAAAUUAGUUAGUUAUAAAAUAAAAAAAAACAACAACAAAGUUAUGCAUGUGAAUGUAAAUAAAAGCACACACACUCACAAACAAUUGCAAUUGCAGCAUACAAUUAUUGCAAUGAUUUAAAAAAUAAAAAUAAAAACACACUAAUGCAACAAAAAACUCGGAAACUAAAUGCAUAGAAAACAGCAGAAAGAAUGAAAAAAUUGCAAGGUAUUUUUAAUAAAAUUAAUUAAAUUGGGCUGCAUAAUUUUUUCCGAUUUAUUAAAUGUGGUCGAAUUGCGCGCAAAACUGCAAGCAACAACACACACAUUUAUUGUUAUUGUAUUGAUUGUACUUAUUAUAUAUUAAACGAGUAUUUAAACGUAUUGUGGUAUAUAUAUAUUUUAAAAAUUUAAGCAAAUACAUACAUAUAUGUAUAUGAAGCAUAUUUUUUACACACACAUUUACUAUGUAAGUAUUAGAGCAAAUGAUGGACACUUUUAAAUGGUGUAACGGUGAAUAAGCAGUUACAUAAGUAUAUACGAAAUAUGGCUGGAAAAAAGUGCGAGCAAACGAGCUGAACGAAUAGUGAAAUAUGAAACUGCUAGUGAGCAACAACAACAGUGUGUAUGUUUCAAUAUUUACAUGAACCAAUAUAAAAUAUAUAUUAUAUACACGCGUAUUACAUGAUAUUUACAAAAUAGCUAUUUAUCUAUAGUUAAUAUUUAACACAUCUGUUUCAGUGUACUACAUAUGUAUAUAUGUGUAAAUUGACACAUCAAUAAGCUGCACAACAACACAAUAGCUGCAAUUGUGCUGAAGUUGAAGUAAAUUUAAUAAAUAAAUUGUUGCCCAGAACAAAGGAUCCAAAGAAUCGUAAAGCAUAAUGACAAAACGAUAACUUCGUUGUUCAAAUUAUUAUAGUAAUUGUAUGAUAUUAACUCAAUGCCAUAGCGAAAUUCACUUAAUACAUACACAAACUCAUACACUUGCCAAUAGCAACACCAACACCAAUACACAUAUACAUACACUGUUAUACACCUACUGCCAUUAAUAUAGUGAACAGAGUGCAAUAAACAGCGUAAGGUCAAAAGUAAAUGCAAUUUCAUGUUGAUUGAAUAUUAUUUUUAUUACCGUAUUUUACGUGUACUUUUGUACAAACCGUUACUUUUAUUAGCAAUUAAUUUAGUAGCAAUUUUUUUGUGCGCAGUUUUAUUCACACAAAAUUGUUACAUAUUGAUAUGUUUUACAUAAUAUAUGCAUAUCUAAAUGCCCAGAAAAAUUGCCUGAUAUACAUAUAUGUGAAAUAACAUGAAAUUCAAUAUAAAAUAUUUUCUAUGCAAUACAACUAAAAAAAUUAUUAAAAUCAAACUUUAAAAGACUCUUAAAAACCGAUUAGCCAUUUUGUUGUUCAAUACAUUUCGUUUUUUCGGUUCGAAAGCCAUAGCAUCACAAGUACACUACGAACUGUUAACCAGUAAAAUAUUAUCACUUGUCCAUGAAAUAUCCGCCAGUUUGUUUUUGUUUGUUUUUUUAACAUACUCAUUAAUUAAUAUGGACCAAGAUUUCUUGCCACUGUGAUGAUAUAUUAGAUUUGGUUAAAAUCCUUACACUCAGAUUAAUCGCUCAGUUCUGGUUGGUUCGACUUACGAGCAUCUAAUAAAUUGAGUAUUCAAUAAAAAAACCUAGAGUGGUCUUUUAAUUAAGUAAAUAUAAAGAGUCAAAUAUAUUAGACCUCGAUGAGUUUAAUUUCAUGGAUAAACUAACUGAAUUCUAUCCUCCGAUGAAUAUUUCCUUGAGCAAUACCUUAGCAGGAAUUAGUUUAAAUUUAGUCAAUGGUUCGACGAUUUUCUCAACUACAUUAAAGAAACAGAAAACGUUAACCAUAACUAAACCAUUUUUGAAAGACAUUUAAGCCCAUAACAACUCGUAAGUAUCCUUCAUUAAUCGAUUUCGUGUGAGCUUUUAUUUCAAAUACUUUUAAUGAUCUUUCUCCAUUUUCCUACCGGGUAUGUAAAACUGAAUGAUCAUGAUACAUAUGAGGUGUGUUAAAAAAAUAACGGGAAUUUUUAAAUUUCCAAUUGUUCAAAAGUACAAAGUUUAUAUACAUGCACUUGAAGUACUAUAAAAUUUUCAUCUGUAUUCAUUACUUAAUUUAUUUAUAGCAGUCGCUAAGGUUAGACGUGUUUUUAUGAGCGAUUUCCGUUUGUUAAAAGCUCACACUUUGUUGCUUGUUCGUGAAUUCUUGAACAAAAAACAAUAUUGUAACGAUGUCUUGUCCCAGACAGGACUCCGUGUGACUUUCUCCUCUCGUUUUACAAGCACACGAGAAAUCACUGAAAGGAUCAAAGGUUAUCCCUAAAUUCGAUUUUGAAAAGUGUUUCGACGAUUAGAAGAAGCGCUAGCAGAAGUGCAUAACAUCUAAUGGGAACUAUUUUGAAGGCAACAUCAUUAAUGUUGUCGAACUGGAGAAUCUCGUAAUUUUUUGAACACACCUCGUACGUAUGCACACGUACGCACACUACCACCUCGCCACCAUUAUCACACGAAGCGGUCAAACGCAUUUUUAUGCAUUUCCAAUUCACACAGCGAUUUUAUAUAUUUUUACACACAAACCUAGAAACAUAUUCAAAUAUAAAAGAACUAUAAUAUCUAUUCAAUACAAGAUGUAGAUUGGAGUAUACAAAACAAAGAACUUGAAUGCAGUACACAGAUAAAAAAUACAAUAGAAGUACACAAAAUAAUGAGAACAAAUAAAACACAAAUGUAUGAAUAAAAAUGUAAGAAAAACACGCACCAAAAUCGAACAACUGCCACGCCCAUAUCACACAGCACACACACACAAACCGAGCAAAAACAACAAAAAACAGCUUGUAAUUGAAAAUAAAUUAUAACAGAUAAAGCAAAAAACGAAAGAAAAAUGUAUUAAGUGAAAAUGAAAAUAAAAAGCAAAAAAAAAAACCAAAAUGAUAAUGGAAACGAAAACGAUUUGUGAUUGUGUCAAUGUUACAACUAAUUGUAUUUUAAUUAACUUAAUAAAACAUUAAAGUUGCAAACUAAUAGGAAAAUAAUAAUGCCACAAAGGCAAACUAACACAAAAUAAAAACAAAAGGAAAAACAAAAAAUCAACAAACAAUGAAACCAAUGAAAAUAAGAUAAAUUCUACUCGUACUAUUUGUAUAUUUGUAUAUGUCUUCGUUUCACUCUAAGUGUUCUUUGUCCACUUUUAUAUACACACAAUGUAUGACCAAGCCAGAAAACUACGGUACACACCUACAUGUAUACAAAUAAAUAUACAUACAUACAUACAAACACACACGAAUUCAAAGCUAAUAAUUGUACUUGUAUACGUAACUCUGUAUUUGUAUGUAACUGUAUACGUAACUGUAACUGUAACUUUAAUUGUAACUUUAACUAUACUUGUAACUUGUAUUUUGAAACUGUAUAUUUCAAUAGUUCAUCAAAUCAUCUCACUCAACUCAACCAUCUCACUCACUAAAUGGUCUCACUUAUAUAAAACACUUUACUUAUGCAAGAGCAACCUGUGCAAAAAAAAAUCGGUGCAAAAAUACGAAAAAUAAAAUAACAAAUAAUUAAUUAAAUUAUGCCGAAGUAAAUAUCAAGUCUAAAUGUAAUUUCAACUCUAAAAACCAUUGUCGUCUUUAACAGUGUAAAACAAAAAUAAAGAAAACUAAAAUAUUUCUGAAAAAAUACUUUAAACUAAGCUGAAAUUGUAUGGACACGAACUACAAGUUCUUGAAACUACACACGCAUACUACUAAAACACACAAGAAAACAAAAACAAACAACAAAACUACAGUAUAUGUUAUUAUUAAACUAAAAUAAAUUUCGAAAAAAUACAUCUGUGUGUCGCUAUGUACUGAACUUAAGAUGAGGAUAUGAAGAAGAAUCUUUGGCUAAAUUUGAUUAUCUGUAAAUUCAAUCACAACAAUGUAAAUUAAACCAUGAAACACGAUAAAAAUAUACACCAAAUAGAAAGGUAGACAAACAACUUACAUACAUAUGUAUAUAAAUAUACCAAAGAUUUCGAUUUUUGAUAUAUCGAAAAUUAAAUAUUCUCCAGAGAGCGAUCUUAUUUACAAUUAUUUUAUCUUUUGUACAGGUUAUGUUAGGUUAGGUUAAGGUGUAGGCCUCCGCGACUACAGAAAAUCUCACAUAGACAGCUCAAAACUGUCCUUUGUGGCACACGAAUACUACUAACGAACCAAAUAACAAUUCCAGUCAAUUCGCUAGGUCCGCCGAUGGUGUGACUACCAUGGAAUUAUAACCUCAGUCUGAUGCUACACAUUGGAGGAGAAAAUAUCUAGAUGAUUCAUCCUCCCUUUCCUCCAAACAGCUUUUGCAACUUACAUCUGGCAGAUUCUUUGGUCUCACUGCAUAUAUACUUAUUAGACAGUAUCCACUAAUGGUGAAAAGACCGUUUUCGGUCCACCGUGAGUCAAAACUACAGCGAAAAUAAACUGGACAACAACCAUACGUCCAGUGUUUGGCGACUGUGUAUAAUCUUUAGGUAAUUACUAAAAAAUCAAAUAUCCAUUAAACAAUAUUUGAAAUAUCACGGUGCUCCUAUGUUUCAUAAAAUCUGAAUCCUGGUUGUGCGUAGAAUCCAUUUAGACAUGUAAAGUCUGAGAGGGAGAUGACUAAAGAAGGAGUAGAAUUAACAGAUAAUGUCAAAUAUCUGAAAGAUCUUUGAACUUUGCACCAGACGGUUUUAUUUGAUUUCAUUGUAGAAUUCAGGACGACUUUUUGUUUACAUGAACCGGUAAGGCAACAACAAGACCACAUUGGAGUAUUUUUUAUAUGAAUUUUCCGAAUUUUUAUAUUUAUUUAUAUUCUGGCAUUAUUUCCAUUUAAGGCAUGUGAUUAAUUUUCUAAAGCUGUACCAUUACAACUGACAGUUUUCAAUUACUUUAUCUCUAGUAUAAUUAUUGUCAGC